GUGCCAGAGACAGCUUAUGUUUCAGUUGUACAAGGUCAGAUCUUAAUUUAACCACCAACUGGAUACUUAAUUUUAGAUACACAGAGGAACACAUUGGCUCCAGGGCACUUCCUCUGAUUUAGGAAGGUAAGUCCCUGGAUAAGAAUGACAAGAUGAUCAUUCCAAAAGGAUAAAUCCUGAUGAUUCUCUCAGGGACCUCCAGUAGAUAAGCUCAACACUCAAGAACCAUUGCAGCUUCAAGGUCCAUUCCAGUAAUGCUCCUGUGACUGACUGACUGGCACCUUAGUACUCCUGCAUGCAGAUCUUCACUUCAUCCCAAGCUUUCAGGAAAAGGCUGGAGACACCUGGGCUGAAUUGGAGUUGUUCUGCAUAUGACCACUGAGAGCAGCUGUUUGUUUGCUGUAGUUGACAAGGAGUCGGAACAGAGGGAAGAGAUAGAAAGAAAAACGAAAAGAGAUUUUGCUUCCCCUCAGAAAACUAAUGGUCCAAGUGAAAACACAAGCACAAGAAUGGAUACUAAUGACGACCCCGAUGAAGACCAUCUUACAAGUUACGAUAUUCAGCUAAGUAUUCAAGAAUCCAUUGAAGCCAGCAAGACUGUACUUUAUCCUGAAAGAUUUGUACCCCUAAGCAGUCAAAACAGAAAACUUGUGGAGGCCAUAAAACAAGGUCACAUUCUUGAGCUCCAGGAGUAUGUAAAAUAUAAAUAUGCAAUGGAUGAAGCUGAUGAAAAAGGAUGGUUUCCAUUGCAUGAAGCUGUUGUUCAACCCAUUCAACAAAUACUUGAGAUUGUUCUGGAUGCAUCCUAUAAGACACUCUGGGAAUUCAAGACCUGUGAUGGAGAAACACCCUUGACUUUGGCAGUCAAAGCUGGUCUGGUGGAAAAUGUAAGAACUUUACUAGAAAAGGGAGUAUGGCCCAACACCAAAAACGACAAAGGAGAGACCCCCCUUCUGAUAGCUGUAAAAAGGGGCUCCUAUGACAUGGUAUCGACUCUGAUCAAACACAACACUAGCCUAGACCAGCCCUGUGUCAAGAGAUGGUCAGCAAUGCAUGAAGCCGCCAAGCAAGGCCGAAAAGAUAUCAUAGCUCUGCUGCUGAGACAUGGAGGCAAUGUCCACCUGAGAGAUGGAUUUGGAGUCACACCCUUAGGCGUUGCUGCUGAGUUUGGUCACUGUGAUGUGUUAGAACAUCUAAUCCACAAAGGUGGUGAUGUGCUUGCUCUGGCGGAUGAUGGGGCGUCGGUGCUGUUUGAGGCAGCAGGAGGUGGCAAUCCUGACUGCAUUUCCCUCCUGCUGGAAUAUGGAGGAAGCGGAAAUGUACCUAACCGAGCAGGGCAUCUUCCUAUACACAGAGCUGCCUAUGAGGGGCAUUAUCUUGCACUGAAAUAUCUUAUCCCAGUAACAUCUAAAAAUGCAAUUCGGAAAAGUGGGCUAACACCAAUUCACUCAGCGGCAGAUGGACAAAAUGCACAGUGUCUAGAACUGCUCAUUGAAAAUGGUUUUGAUGUCAAUACCCUACUUGCUGACCACAUUUCCCAGAGCUAUGACGAUGAGAGGAAGACUGCGCUGUAUUUUGCCGUUUCUAAUAAUGAUGUUCGUUGCACAGAAGUCCUUCUGGCGGCAGGUGCAGACCCAAACUUAGAUCCCCUCAACUGUCUACUUGUGGCAGUGAGAGCCAAUAAUUAUGAAAUUGUCCGGCUGCUUCUCUCCCAUGGAGCUAAUGUCAAUUGUUACUUUAUGCAUGUAAAUGACACUCGUUUCCCCAGUGUCAUUCAGUAUGCCCUAAACGACGAGGUAAUGCUGAGGCUAUUGCUGAAUAAUGGCUAUCAAGUGGAGAUGUGCUUUGACUGCAUGCAUGGCGACAUCUUUGGAAAUUCAUUUGUGUGGUCAGAGAUAGAAGAAGAGGUGCUGCCAGGAUGGACAUCUUGUGUAAUAAAAGAUAACCCGUUCUGUGAGUUUAUUACAGUUCCUUGGAUGAAGCACUUGGUAGGCAAAGUUACUCGAGUACUAAUAGAUUACAUGGAUUAUGUUCCUCUGUGUGCUAAACUGAAGUCUGCACUAGAAGUACAGAGAGAAUGGCCAGAGAUCCGUCAAAUACUAGAGAAUCCUUGUUCAUUGAAGCAUUUGUGUCGGUUAAAAAUUCGAAGACUUAUGGGACUCCAGAGACUCUGCCAGCCAGCCUCAAUAGAGAAGCUUCCUCUACCACCAGCUAUUCAAAGAUACAUAUUAUUUAAAGAGUAUGAUCUCUAUGGACAAGAGCUAAAGUUGACAUAAUAUUUUAAAAUGUGAUUUUAAAAAAUAUUUUGAAAUGUGAUUCCCUCACAUAAUUUCUUGGAACCAUUUUACAUCCUUAAUUGUAAAGUGUAUUUAAAUUUGUUGACAAUUUUAUGGGUGGAUCAUGUGUUCUUAUGGGGAACACCAUAAUCUGUGUCUUUAAAGACACAUUUUUUAACGAUAGUAUUUUGAACUUAGAUUUGUAUCUUUGUCUUCAGAAUCUCCCUAUCAAGUGGCUCCUGCAAUAUCCACAAUCAAGUCUCUAUGACAGAUAAGCACUUUCUCAAACCCACAUCUCCUUCCAGUUGCUGGCCCGAUUCUCCUGUUUUUCAUGGUCUUGCUGUGUAAAAGAGCUCCUCCUGCCUGUAGGUUCACACACUGUGAUCUGGCAUCUGCCCCUAUACUGCUUUUCUCAAGGUCCCUGACAACCUCUUUGUUGCUAAAUCCAGUGAACAUUCUUCAGUCCCUCUUCCAGUUGAUUCCUGCAGCAUCCGACAUUGUUUCCUCCCUGAAAUGAUACCUCUUUCCCUGUUUCUUACAAAACCUUGUUCUCUUGGGUGUCCUCCCACCUUCCUGGGCACUCUGUCUCUUGGUUUCUUUCUGCCUAGCUCAUCUCUAGCCAAUCUUUUAGUCGCAUAUCUUAAGCCCUUUUCACUUUUGCUUUGUUCUUUAAGUUAUGUAUCCUAAGCCCUCUUUGCUUUGGUCUCUGGGAAAUUUUAUCCACAUCCAUGGUUUUAAUCAUUUUGCUAGAGACUACAAAAUUUCUAUCCAAAACUCAGCUCUUUCUCUCAUGUGCUUCCGACCUAUGUAGACAAUUGGCCUAAUGAACAUUUGAACACAAAGACAGACGUGUCCCUAGAUGAACU